AUGAGUCCCAGACCUUGUCCCUACGGAGACCCCCCGCAACCGCGAACGGGUCUGACGUCUCCAGUCACUCCCGCGUUCGCCGGCGGAUUGAACGCGAGUUCCGAUGCAUUCUUUAAUGCCAUUUCUUCCAGUAGUGGUGCUGCUGCCGGUCCGUCUUGGAUCGCUCCCAGGCGCGCCGACAGGGUGGGGAAAGGCGCCAAAGGCGGGCCGGAGAACGCGCUGCACGGCUUCCGCGGGGUGCGGCAGCGCAGUUGGGGGAAAUGGGUGGCGGAGAUCCGCGCGCCGCGCAGCAAGAAGCGCAUCUGGCUGGGGUCGUUCGCGGACGCGCGGACUGCUGCGCUGACGUACGACCGCGCAGCGCGGAAAUUGUACGGGCCGCGCGCGCAGCUCAACUUCUUCGACGAGGCGGCAGUUUCAGCACCCAUCAGCAGCCCCCCUCACGGCGCAAGCUUGCGCGCCGCCGACGCCCGCAGCGGCUUGAUCAGCAGCGGAAGCGGCAGCGGCGGGAGUGCCGCGAGCGACAGCGAAGGCGGCGCCUUUGCAGGCGUGAUCGCUGGCGGCGCCAGAACGAGCCCCUCCGUCGAAACGCCUGCGCCUGUACCGCGCAGCGCGUCGAGCGGCGACGCGGCUCUUUCGUCACUGGCGAGGUUCGCGACACUAACCGGCGGCGCGCCGUUGCUAACGCGGCGCGACUCCGACCCAGCAGACAGCACAGUUGGUGCCGACAAGGCGGCGGGAUCCGUACCCGCGUCGUUCAACACCGGAACUCCCGCUGCGGCGGCGAGAUGCGACUACAGCGGUGUCCUGCCCAGCAUGACCUUCGAAGAAAUCUUCAACCGCUCGUGUCCGCCGCUCUCCGCCCCCGCCGCGGUGUCCACCUCCGUAUCCGCGCUCAGCGCGCGCGCCCCUCCGGCGGAGAAGGGGGGCAUGUGGCAGGGGCCGGUUGAGUCGUUCUCCGCGCCCGCAACCAGCAGCGCAGGGCGCGUUGACCUAUCAACUGAGAGCAGGAAAGCUGUUAGCAGCAGGGAAGUAACGCACGGAAUGCAUCUGGCUGAAGAGUCCGUAGUGUGCUCUGAGUGGAGCCAUGGCGAUGGCGUUGCUGGUCGCAGCGUUGUGAAUUGGACUCAGAACAACCAGCACAAUGACUCGAAUCAGGGUGUUUUUGCUGUAGCGGGAAACGAAGGGGCGAGCAUGCGUUUUCCCGCGUGCCCCGCUGUCUUGGCUGCCCAGCUGAGUCAGCAACCGGCGCUCGCGGUGCAUGGGGGGCUUGUUCAGUACAGCAGCAUUUUUUCAAGCCGCCCUGUCAUGUCCGUGGUAGGCACGGAUGCGCCUAGCAUACCAGACUUUUCUGAGUCGACCCCAAAAGUGACUCAGCAACAGGCGGUGGAAGUGCAUGGGGGACUUGUUCCCUACGGCAGCAUUUUUGCAAGCCCCCCUGUCAUGUCGGUGGGCGGCAUGCAAGCACCUGGCAUGACAGUGCCGUGGGGGUGUGGCACGGCAGUCCCGUGGGUGCAGGAGAGAACAGUGGAGCAGCAGGUGGCGAUGGCGCAGGAGGAGGCGAUUGUGCAGGCGCUGAGGGAGAGCAGGGCGCAGCUGGUGCGGGAACAGAUGGGCGGCAGUGGUAGCGCUGUGACUGCUGGGAACACUUGUUCUGCUGGGACUGCUGGGCUAGCUGAGAAUGCUGGUGCCGGGUUGUGGAGUGGCAGGGACACGGAUGGGGCAGAUGCAGUGCAUGCAGGAGGAGCAGGCAUGGAGCAUGGUGUGCUGGAGAGUGCGAUGGAGCACGGUGUGCUGGAGAGAGCGAUGGAGCAGCAGGGAGCGAUGGUGCAGGCGCUGAGGGAGAGCAGGGCGCAGCUGGUGCGUGAGCAGAUGGGCGGCAGUGGUGGCGUUGUAUUUGCUGGGACUGCUGGGGCAGGUGGGAGUGCUGGAACCGGGGUGUGGAGUGGCAGGGGCGCGGAUGGUGUGGAUGCAGUGCAGGGUGGGGUAGCAGGCAUGGAGCAUGGUGUGGAGCAUGGUGUGGAGCAUGGUGUGGAGCAUGGUGUGCAGCAUGGUGGUGUGCUGGACGCAGCAGCCAUAGAGCGUAUGCUGCAGCUCUCAGAAGCCCUGCUCGGCCCAGCGGACCCCCCUCCUACUCAUCGCCCUCACGCCGCACAUCAUCCUGAGGCCCCUGACGACCGUCGUGCCCGAGUGGAGACCCCUCAUGGCCCUGUGAUCCCUCACGCCUCCCAUGCUGCUGCAUUCGAGGAGGCCAGUGCGCUGCUGGCUUGCUGUGACUACCAGCAACUCACCAGUCGAUUCCCUGAUGCUGUACCUCGCUCUUUGCCUGACUCUCUGCCCGGCCCAAAGCUGCAUUCUUCUGCUGCUGCUGCUGCUGCUGCUUCUGCCGCUGCUGCUUGUGAGCCUGUAUGCGAGCUUGCAGGCGUGGUGCCGACAGUGUACCCCUCCCCCAUGUGCAGGGGAGGGGAAUUCGCACUACCUGGCAGCAACUGCCUGCUGCCUCCUGCAGUGAGUGUGGCGCCAUGUGAACCAUUAGAGAGUGUGGCGAAUACUCCCACCAUUGAUGUUUCCCAGGGCCAGCCAUGCUUUGAGGAACUGCUGUCCCCGAUGUCUAGGCUCUGGUAG